GAUGAUGACGUCAUGCCGCUAGUUAAACGUUGCUGCUGCUGAGGCGGCGGUGUUGUUGAACGACUUGGUGUACAAAUGCGACUAAAACGUCUAUAAUAGUCUUUGAAACAGGAUCUUAUUUUGAACUAACGAUGUCUUGGGUUAAAGCUGUGUCUUACAGCGGUGAGGAUGUCUUCGACGAGAAUGUGGACGAUCUUUAUCUUCAGAGUAAAGAGUGGAGCUCCAACAUGAGGAAGAGAGUCAGGGAUGGUUAUGUGGACGGAGUUGAUGCCGGGGAAGAGGCCUCACUUCAGGCUGGUUUCAACCUGGGCUUCAGGGAAGGAGCAGCUCAGACUGUGGCUGUGGGUCGUCUCAAAGGAAUCACGAGCGCUAUAUGGUGUUGGUGCCAGAUGGAGCAUCCGGAAAACCCCAUUCCAGCCUCUGUGACUGAGCUCCUGCAGCAGGUUUCACAGCACGAAGACAGAAUCACAGACGGCAUCAAGAAAGCCUUGGAGAAUCCUCCCCCCAGCGUGAGUGACGUCUCAGAGAGCAUGGAGGACCUUGAGGUGGAGCAGGCAGAUGGAGGCUGCAGCGGAGAGGGAUGUGGAGAGACAGACUGCUGCAGGAGAGGAGAAAAAAUGGACCUGGACGUCCCUCACCAGCCACAAAGGCUGUGUUCAGCGUCCACUAGCUCUGAUGGUCUAAACGUCCUCCUGCAGCGCUGUGUGGAUGUAGUGACAGAGCUCGGACUGCCGCAGGAGCUCAUCAGUCACAUACAGGAGCUGAGGAACAUGUAGCGACUGACGAUCAGGGACCAAAAUCACAGCAGGUUGGAAGGAGGAUGAUACAUGAUACUUGAACAGGCACAUGAGCUAUGAAACAAGACAGGUUUAAGUGUCCAAUGAAGAACUUUUUAGGUAUAUAAUGUAAAAUAUAUAUAUAUUUCAGUAUUUUAAGAAUGUUUGAAAAUAAAGAUGGAUUUACUAUAUUUUA